GGGAUGAAUAUCUCCGUUACGAAGGGGGGCCGGUUACGGGAUUUGGUGUCGGAAUCUUUUCAGCUGUCAUCUCGGUAAUCGCACUUUUGUGUCGUGUAAAGAACGGACCUCCGAUGUUCUCGUAAGAGUCGUACACUACACGACAUUCCAAGUUGCACGACAGGCCAUCGAUCCAGUCCAUGAUGUCCACCACCUUUACAUUCCCCAUGCGCUUUGGACACAGCGGGCUGCUUCAACCGGUACCGGUGGUAUCAGGCGUAAGUUCUGCGACCACGACGCGCCCCCGCAAUGAGGCCGGCCAUCCAGGCAAAACACUACGCCGGCUCACCUCUCCAACGCCCGUGUCUCGCCCAUGAAUCAACUGACUUUUGAAUCCUGUAGGGAGACAACGUUUACGAAAGAAGAUCCACAAGAACACUGCCUCCUCCCAAAUAAGUGCACCGCCCAACACUGGCAACUCCGCUCUCUCCUCGCUCCCUCACCAACCUCCCCGCACACAUUUUACUACAUCUCAGACCGCUCCCUCCGAAUCCAACCCGUCUCACCUCUCAAACCGCAAAACACAGAAAUCGCCCAGUUUUCGUUCAAACCACGCUGUCUAUCCGUCGCCCACGGAUAUGCCUGUGUAGGUGGUCCACAGCGUGGGCAAUUCGCCGUGGUACGGUUGGCGCCUGCGGAGACGGGGACGAUGACGGCAAAUGGAGUGCGAAACUUGGAGUUGAGUGGAACAAUCACAAACAGCGUCACAAUUUUCCAAGACGCACACAAUUCCCACGUCAAAGCCCUCGUCUGUAACAACGACACCACAAUCCGGAUCCGGAAUCUAUCAUUGGGAACGCCGGAAUGUACGAUACGAUUGGGAAUCGCGAUGAAUCACGCCGUGGCGAGUUUAGAUGGGAGAUAUGUGGUUGCGGUAGGGGAUUCAAAGGAUGUAUUCCUCUUUGAACGAUACAAGGGAUCGAGUAGUCAGCCGGGCGUGGGCGACAUGAAGCUCAAGGCGGCUAUCGAUAUCGUUACGGACGCGUCUUUCUCGACGGCUUUCGCGCCGUGCUCAAGAGUCUUUGCCGUGGCUGCACAAAACCCCGCAGCCGUCCACGUCUUCUCCAUCAUCGAAACGAAAUCAACGGACGCGGAAGCCCAGCCCGACUCCCGGACGACGACCUGCCUCCCAACCCCUUCCGCCUCGCCCACCUUUAUCGUCUACGAACCCGAGUCGCGAACCCUCACCGACGUCGAAGUGGACUCUUCACCCUCCCCACCACCACCACAGCUCGUUACGUCGCCAUUUGCAAAGGUGGCAACGAUACCAAUGACACGAUCAUUCCCGCACGGAUCACCGCGGCACCUCGCAUUCGCGCCAGCACCUCUCGAUUUGUUGCUUGUGACGGAGAGCACGAAUAAAGUGCAUUUGGUGUGUACACGGACGUGGCGACACUCGCAAGUGCUCUCCAUCCCCGGGACGCCCUCGCCAGCGAUGCACGAGCACGACGACUGGGACGGCCCACCGACAAGUCUCUGGGCGAGAAGGAGUCGCGGGGAGAGUAAAGAGAUCUGUGGAGCGGGAUGGGGGGCAGGGGGUAGUUGUGUGUGGGUGGCGACGGAGGGGAGUGUGUGGAGCUGGAGGGUUGACGGGGACGCGAGGCGGUGUUUUGGGGUGUGGAAGAUGCGGUGAUACCUGAUAACUACGUGAUACGGACGUAGGUAAUACUACCUUUUCCACUCCA